UCCCACAGAGUGAGUGACUGAACGAUCCACUCCGGAUCCCCCGGCCCGUCGUGAGGCUGCUGUUGACCGAACAGACCGGACCGCGCACCGGAGGAGCGGAGCACCGGGGUGACGCACGGAGGAGUCCGGGCUCCGCGCGGAGGACGGUUCCUUCUUGUUUUUCUGUUGGUUGUGGUCCAGAAGAACUCCUGCCGGUGUCUGCAGCAGAAACAAAGAGGAGACUUCACCUCAGGAGCUGCGGAUCCAUCAUGGACUGAAGCGGGUUUAACUUCUCCUCCUCCCCGGUGGAAUCACACGACCGACACAUGAGCGCGCUCCUCCACGCACAGUGCGCACGGUCCAUCCUCAGGGAUUAGAAUCCCCCGGGACCAUGGAUAACUUCUUCACGGAGGGCGAGCGGGUGUGGCUCCGGGAGGACGAGCAGUUCCUUCCCAGCACGGUGUCCUCCUGCUCCGGAGGCGUCGCUGUCUUUGCCACGGACUACGGCCAGGUGUACACCUACAAGCAGAAUGCGCUCACCAGGCAGAAGGUGCAGCCGAUGCACCGCAGCAGCGUCGCCGGGGUGGAGGACAUGGCGACGCUGGAGGACCUUCACGACGGCGCCAUCAUGCACAACCUCUUCCUGCGCUACCGCCAGAGACACAUCUACACGUACAUCGGCUCCAUCCUGGCGGCGGUGAACCCGUACCAGGCGCUGCCCGGCCUGUACGACCGGCCGGCCGUGGAGCUGUACAGCCGACGGCACCUGGGCGAAAUCUCCCCGCACAUCUUCGCCGUCGCCAACGAGUGCUACCGCUCGCUGUGGAAGAGGCUGCAGAACCAGUGUGUCCUCAUCAGUGGAGAAAGCGGAGCGGGGAAGACGGAAAGCACCAAGCUCAUCCUGAAGUUCCUGUCGGCCAUGAGCCAGCACUCCCUGGAGGCGUCGUCCACAGACGGGACGUCACACGUGGCGGCGGCGCUGCUGGAGAGCAGUCCCAUCAUGGAGGCCUUUGGAAACGCCAAGACCGUCUACAACAACAACUCCAGCCGCUUUGGGAAGUUUGUCCAGCUGCACUUCAGCCAGAAGGGGAACAUCCAGGGAGGCAGGAUCGUCGACUACCUCUUAGAAAAGAACCGCGUGGUCCGGCAGAACCCAGGGGAGAGAAACUACCACAUCUUCUACGCUCUGUUGGCAGGAACCAACGCCCAGCAGAGAGAGGCGUUCGGGUUGACCCAGCCCGACAGCUACCACUACCUGAGGCAGUCGAGCUGCGUCGCCGACAACACGAUCAACGACCAGGGCACUUUUCAGGACGUUCUGAACGCCAUGCGGACGAUGCAGUUCACGGAGGAGAACAUCGGGGAGAUCCUGCGCCUGCUGGCCGGGAUCCUUCACGCAGGGAACAUCGAGUUCAUGACGGCCGGAGGAGCGCAGGUCUCGUCCAAAUCAGCUCUCAGCCGGACGUCCGACCUCCUGGGCCUGAACUCGGACCAGUUGGCCGAGGUUCUGACCCACCGCUCCAUGAUCCUCAGGGGAGAGGAGAUCUCCACACCGCUCACCAUCGAACAGGCGGUCGACUCCAGAGACUCCAUGGCCAUGGCACUUUAUUCCCGGUGUUUCAACUGGAUCAUCGGCAAACUCAACAACCGCAUCAGGGGCAGAGAAGACUUCAAAUCCAUCAGCAUCCUGGACAUCUUCGGAUUCGAGAACUUCGAGGUCAACCGCUUCGAGCAGUUCAACAUCAACUACGCCAACGAGAAGCUCCAGGAAUAUUUCAACAAGCACAUCUUCUCGCUGGAGCAGCUCGAGUACAACAAGGAGGGUCUGGUGUGGGUCGACAUCAACUGGAUGGACAACGGAGAGUGUCUGGAUCUGAUCGAGAAGAAACUGGGUCUCCUGGCGCUGAUGAACGAGGAGAGUCACUUCCCCAAAGCCACGGACGACACCUUACUGGAGAAGCUCCACAGUCAGCACUCGAAAAACCCUUUUUACGUGAAGCCCCGUGUCGCCGUGCACUUCUUCGGAGUCCGACACUACGCAGGAGAGGUGGUGUACGACGUGAGGGGGAUGCUGGAGAAGAACCGUGACACUUUCCGAGACGACAUCCUCAACCUGCUGAGGGAGAGCAGGCUGGACUUUGUCUACGAUCUGUUCGAACACGUAUUGAGCCGGAACAAGCAGGACACUCUGAAGAGCAGCUCCAAGCGCCGGCGGCCCACGGUCAGCUCCCAGUUCAAGAAUUCUUUGCACUCCCUGAUGUCCACACUCAGCGUCUCCAACCCGUACUUCAUCCGAUGCAUCAAACCAAACACACGCAAGAUGCCUGACCAGUUCGACCAGGCGGUGGUUCUGAACCAGCUCAGAUAUUCGGGGAUGUUGGAGACAGUCAAGAUCCGACGCACAGGCUUCCCCAUCCGGAGACCGUUCCAAGACUUCUGCUCCCGGUACAAGGUGCUCAUGCGAGGUGCGCUGACGGCGGAGGACCCCAGGGGGCGCUGCAGCCAGCUGCUGCACCUCUACGACAGCAGCGGUGGCGACUGGCAGCUGGGGAAGACCAAGGUGUUCCUCCGGGAGCCUCUGGAGCAUCGGCUGGAGAAGAAGCGGGAGGUGGAGGUGCUGAGAGCCGCCAUGAUCAUCCAGGCUCAUGUCAUGGGCUACAUAGCCAGGAAGCAGUACAGGAAGCUGCUGCAGUGCAUCGUGGUCAUUCAGAAGAACUACCGCGCUCUCUACUGGAGGAGGAGGUUCCUGCUCCUCCGCCGGGCGGCGCUCACCUUCCAGAAGUGCCUGAGGGGUCGGCUGGCCCGCCGGGCCUACGGCCAGCUGCUGGAGGCGAGGAAGAGGAGGGAGGAGGAGGAGGAGGAGGAGGCGCGCCGCAGGAAGGAGGAGCAGGAGACGGAGAGGGAGAGACUGAGGCUGGAGGCUGAGAGACUCGCCAGAGAGCUUGAGGAGGCCAGGCGACUGGAGGAGCUGCGUUGUGCCGAGGAGUUGGCCUCUCUGGUCUCUCAGGCUGCCGCCGCGGCGCCAACCUCACCGGACGCCCACGAGGAGCUGGAGUCGGCAGAGACCCUCGGGGAGGCCAUCCGUCCCCACGAAGCGUCUCAGGUGGAGGAGAUCCUGCGGCUGGAGCGGGAGAUCCAGGCACUGCAGAGGCAGAAGGAGCAACAGGAGCUCUCCCUGACCGAGGCCUCCCUCAACCGCCUGCAGCUCCUCCGCGACCAGGAGCUCCGGCGGCUGGAGGACGAGGCCUGCAAGGCGGCGCAGCAGUUCCUCGACUCGCUGAACUUCGACGAGAUCGACGAGUGCGUGAGGAACAUCGAGAGCUCCUUGGGAGUCGACGAGGCCGAAGAAAAGGAGAAGGACAGCGGGCGGAGGAGAGGCGGUGAGGAAGAGGAGGUCGACGAAGGGUUCGGGGCCGACGACGAGGCCUUCAAAGACUCUCCGAACCCGAGCGAGCACGGCCACUCCGACGGCCAACGGACCAGCGGCAUCAGAACGAGCGAUGACUCGUCCGAAGAAGAUCCGUACGCCAACGACGGCGUCAUCCCACCGCUGCCGCCCACCACGCUGCUUCACCAGCCCCUGCCUCUCCCCCCUGUGCCCCCGGCCUGCCACAGCGCCUCCUCCAGCGGGGACUCGGCCUACUGCCGCCCCCAGGCUUCAUCCGAGGACCAGUCCGACGACCUGGUAGAGCUCAUACCGCCGGACGAGGACUCGGACUAUGACCAGGACGACUACGACGAGGGCGCCAUCGUGUCGAGCGGCAGUGUGGCGUUCUCCAACCCCCGCAGCGGGCAGUGGUCUCCCGAUUACCGCGGCUCCGUGGGCACCUACAACAGUUCGGGGGCUUACCGCUUCAGCUCCGAGGGAGCGCAGUCGUCGUUCGAGGACAGCGAGGACGACUUUGACCGGUUCGACACCGACGACGAGCUGUCGUACCGCCGGGACUCGGUCUACAGCUGCGUCACGCUCCCGUACUUCCACAGCUUCCUCUUCAUCAAAGGCGGCCUGAUGAACACGUGGAAGCGGCGCUGGUGCGUCCUGAAGGACGAGACCUUCCUGUGGUUCCGCGCCAAGCAGGAGGCGCUGAAGCAGGGCUGGCUGCACAAGAAGGGCGGCGGCUCGUCCACCCUGUCGCGCCGCAACUGGAAGCGCCGCUGGUUCGUGCUGCGCCAGAGCAAGCUCAUGUACUUCGAGAACGAUGGCGAGGAGAAGAUGAAGGGCGUGCUGGACAUGCACGACGCCAAAGAAAUCAUCGAUAACACGGGUAAAGAGAACGGGAUCAACAUCGUGAUGCCGGAGAGGACCUACCACCUGAUCGCAGAGUCGGCCGAGGACGCCAGUCAGUGGUUCAGCGUGCUGAGUCAGGUCCACGGCUCCACGGAGCAGGAGAUCAGAGAGAUGCAUGACGAGCAGGCCAACCCCCAGAACGCCGUGGGAACGUUGGAUGUGGGGAUGAUCGAUUCUGUUUGUGCGUCAGACAAUCCUGAGAGGCCCAACUCCUUCGUCAUGAUCACGGCCAACCGCGUGCUGCACUGCAACGCCGACACGCCCGAGGAGAUGCACCACUGGAUCACGCUGCUGCAGCGCUCCAAGGGAGACACCCGCGUCGACGGCCAGGAGUUCAUCAUCCGAGGCUGGUUGCACAAGGAGCUGAAGAACAGCACCAAAGCCUCGCUGAAACUGAAGAAGCGCUGGUUCCUGCUCACCCACAAUUCCCUGGACUACUACAAGAGCUCCGAGCGCAACGCCCUGAAGCUGGGAACGCUGGUGCUCAACAGCCUCUGCUCGGUGGUCCAGCCGGACGAGAAGGUCUUCAAAGACACCGGCUACUGGAACGUGAUCGUGUACGGCCGCAAACACUCGUACCGUCUCUACUGCAAGCUGCUGAACGAGGCCACGCGCUGGGCCAACGCCAUCCAGAACGUCAUCGACACCAAGGCCGCCAUCGACACGCCGACCCAGCAGCUCAUCCAGGACAUCAAGGAGAACUGUCUGAACUCCGAGGUGGUGGAGCAGAUCUACAAGAGGAACCCCAUCCUUCGCUUCAGCCACCACCCGCUGCACUCGCCUCUGCUGCCGCUGCCCUACGGAGACAUCCACGUCACCGCUCCACGAUACAGGAACUACACGACGCUCCAGGACGAAGCGCUCAAGGUGUUCAGCUCUCUGCAGCACCUGGAGGGCGUGGCCGACGCCGGGCCCAUCAUCCAGGGCAUCCUGCAGACGGGCCAGGAGCUCAAACAGCUGCGGGACGAGCUCUACUGCCAGCUGAUCAAGCAGACGACGCGACCGCCUCAGCCCGGAAGCCCCGGGAACCUCUGCAGCUGGAAGAUCCUGGCCUGCAUGUCCUGCACCUUCGUCCCGACCAGGAGCGUCCUCCGAUACCUCAAGUUCCACCUGAAGAGGACUCGAGAGCUCUCGCCCGGCUCGGAGAUGGAUCGCUACGCCGCCUUCGCCCUCGACUCCUUGAGGCGGACGCGAGCCAGGGAGAACGUCCCGUCGCAGGAGGAGAUCCGCUCCAUCGUGGCACGACAGGACAUGAGCACCACCGUGCACUGCCACGGAGGAGGCUCCUGCAAGAUCACCAUCAACUCGCACACCACAGCCGGAGAGGUGGUGGAGAAGCUGAUCCGCGGCCUGGCCAUGGAGGACAGCAGAAACAUGUUCGCCCUGUUUGAACACAACGACACCGUAGAGAAAGCCAUCGAGAGCCGCGCGGUGGUGGCCGACGUCCUCUCCAAAUUUGAAAAGCUUUCAGCGAGCCCGGACGAACACAACACCGGCUGGAAGUUCUACUUCAAGCUCUACUGCUUCUUGGACACGGACAGUGUUCCCAGGGACAGCGUGGAGUUCGCCUUCAUUUUUGAACAGGCCCAUGAAGCCGUCAUCCGGGGUCAGUAUCCGGCCCCCGAGGAGACUCUUCAGUUCCUGGCUGCCCUGAGACUUCAGUACCUCCAGGGUGAUCACAGCUCGCAGGCCAGCGUCCCAGAAAUGUCCCAGGUGUUCCCCAUGGCGCGGUUGCGGGCCCGGGUGCAGAACUCGGCCAAGACGUUCGCGCCGGGCGCCGGCUCGGUGGCCGAUCGCUCGGGCACGUCGGAGAGGAAGCGCUCGAGCUUCCUGGAGGGAACGCUGAGGCGGAGCUUCAGGAGCGGCUCGCUGAGUCGGCAGAAGGCGGUGGAGGAGGAGAACAGCCUGGAGGCCUGGAUGAGGGAGGAGGUGGCGGCGGUGAGGACCAGCGUGAUGGACAAGUGGAAGAAACUGCUGGGGAUGAACCAGGAGCAGGCCAUGGUCAAGUACAUGGCGCUGGUGAAGGAGUGGAAGGGGUACGGGUCCACGCUGUUCAACGUCGAGUGUCGGGACGGCUCGUUCCCCUGCGAGCUGUGGCUGGGCGUGAGCCGCGAGGCCAUAUCGGUGUACAAGCGAGGGGAGCCCUGGCCCCUGGAGGUUUUCCCGUACGAACAGAUCCUCUCCUUCGGCGCCCCGCUGCCCAACGUCUACAAGAUCGCCGUGGAGGGCCGAGAGCUGGUCUUCGAAACCCAGCUGGUCAUGGACAUCGCCAAGCUGAUGAAGGCCUACAUCAGCAUGAUCGUCAAGAAGCGCUACAGCAACUGUCAGUCCGUCAGCAGCCACGGCAGCCAGUGCAGCGCCUGGUGAAGGUCCGCCCCUUUUUUUCAAACUUUGACCUGGUGGCCUGAUGUGGCUGGAGUGCCGCAGGAGACGGGUGGAGCUUGGCCGCCUGCUGGCCACGCGCGGACGCCCGUCCUCAGCGCUGGGGAAAGAAAAGAGCAACAUUGUAACAUUUGACUCUACGAACGCUGGAGACAACAACAACAAAAAGCCCCAUGCUCUUAAUGUUCACCAGCCCAAAGCACUGUUCUGACUGGUCACAUUCCAAAACACUGCAGAGCCGCGCCUGAGAAGAAGGACAGUCAGCUCAUCUCAAAUAUGGAAGCAAGCAAACGGACCUACGAGAGAAGAACCCCAAAACACGCAUGAUUACGUUCAGGGAAACUGCUCAAACUCAGGUCGGUUCUCAUUCACCCAGGUCGCCGUCGAGUCCGGAGCACGUGGACGUGGUUGUGGUUUCACUUUCAUCCAAGAGGCUUCUUCACUUCUUACUAAGUUGUAACACCAAGGUGUUGAACCUCUGAGUGUUCCCUCAGAGUUUCCUUACUUCACUUCCUCCGUUGUCCUCAAACGAGGUUGCGUGGACCGUGGUUGGACGCAAUCACUUCGCGGAGAAGCAGACUGUCGUCCCUCAAAUGAGCUGAAGGAACGACCGCGUUUCACACGUUUCCUCAGCAGUUCUCAUUUUCACCUCAGAAGAUGUGGUCGUGCCUCGUCUUGGAGUAAGGUCGUUUGUUCCUGAGAUGGCCUGUUAGUACAGGUGUGUGUGUGUGUGUGUGUGUGUGUGUGUGUGUGUGUGCGGGUGUGUGUCUGUCUACAGGCUGUCCAAAUGUGAAGCAGAGGACGGAGACAAACUGAAGCCGUCACACCGUUUCCUCUGCUUUGACGAACUCUGGGACACGACCGUCGACCUUCUCCUGCACCGAUCUGUGUACUGUAAAAAAAACAUGCAGCAAAAAGUGUCUCCGUUUGUGUGAUCGAUUGUUCCCAUUGGUUUUUAACUGGUGAUACGAAGGUAAACACAAGUGCCUGUUCAAACUAAAGCGGGAGGAGCCGCCGGUCCGAUGUCGUUCCUGCGUGACCAGACACCUGCUCCCACUUUCGCCUCUAACCACCAGUGCACCUGUGCAACCGCCAAAUCUGUCCCCCCAUGCAAAUCAUUGGAGACGGAUGAUGAUGACAUCCUGUUUGUUCUCUCAAGAAACAUGAGCAGACUCAAGAGUGAUCGGCAGAGCGCCAACACCGACAGACCAUCAGGCCGAGCACGUUCCCAAAACUCUGAAUUUAGCUCAAUUUAAUAUAUAUAUAUAUAUAUAUAUAUAUAUAUAUAUAUAUA